AUGAACAAUGAGUCCAGUAAGGAGAACUGCACGGAUCGACAAUGGCUCAAAUCGGGCGAAAGCCCAGCCAUCAGCUCGGUGAUGUUCGCGGCCGGGGUGUUGGGAAACCUCAUCGCCCUGGCGCUGCUGGCGCGCCGCUGGCGGGGGGACCUGGGGCGCAGCGCCAGCCGGGGGAGCGCCCUGUCCUUGUUCCACGUGCUGGUGACGGAGCUGGUGUUCACGGAUCUGCUCGGAACCUGCCUCAUCAGCCCCGUGGUGCUGGCGUCGUACGCGCGGAACCAGACCCUGGUGGCGCUGGCGCCCGAGAGGCGCGCGUGCACCUACUUCGCCUUCGCCAUGACCUUCUUCAGCUUGGCCACGAUGCUCAUGCUCUUCGCCAUGGCCCUGGAGCGCUACCUGGCCAUCGGGCACCCCUACUUCUACCAGCGCCGCGUCUCGCACCGCGCCGGCCUGGCCGUGCUGCCGGCCAUCUACAUCUUCUCGCUGCUCUUCUGCUCCCUGCCGCUCCUCUUCUACGGCCAGGACGGCAAGGACAGCCAGUACGUCCAGUACUGUCCCGGGACGUGGUGCUUCAUCCGGCACGGGCCCAAUCAGUACCUGCAGCUCUACGCCACUCUGCUCCUGCUCCUCAUCGUCGCUGUGCUGGCCUGCAACAUCAGUGUCAUCUGCAAUCUUAUCCGCAUGCACCGACGGAGCAAGAGGAGUCGCUGCGGACCCUCCCUGGGCAGCGGCCGGGGCGGCCCGGGGACCCGUCGGAGAGGAGAACGGCUCUCCAUGGCCGAGGAGACGGACCACCUCAUCCUCCUGGCCAUCAUGACUAUUACCUUCGUCAUCUGCUCCUUGCCGUUCACAAUUUUUGCAUACAUGAAUGAAAACACUUCGCAAGAGGAAAAGUGGGACCUCCAAGCUCUGAGAUUUUUAUCAGUUAAUUCAAUAAUUGACCCUUGGGUCUUUGCCAUCUUUAGGCCUCCUGUUCUGAGACUAAUGCGUUCAGUCCUCUGUUGUCAGGUUUUAUUAAAAACACAAGAUACUAGACAAACUUCCUGUUCUACACAGUCAAAUUCCAGUAAAAAGCUGACCUUUGUGGACAGUAAUUAG